AAAAAAAAAAAAAUCUCAGUGCAGGCAGUUCAAAUGUUAAAAGAUUUCCACUUCAGAAUCAGAACCAGAACCAGAACCUGAACCUCUAAAGUUUUCCACAACUUUUUAACAGUUGCAUUAACUGAGUACUUUGCAACUAUACUAAUCCAAGAUCCAAUAUUUUUCCAAACACAUCCCUUUCUUAGUUUCAAACACUCAGCUUAAGCAAUAAACGACACCCACUCAUCAGAAAAAAACAUUCCCUUUCACAUACUCCCUCUCUGACUGUCCCUCUUCCCUGUUAUGGCAACUCUCUUCCUCUUCCUCCUCCUCGUCCUCCUCUCCCUUCAUUUCUCAAGUUCAGAGCCGUUUAUUGGAGUGAACUAUGGCCAAGUAGCUGACAACUUACCGCCACCAUCAGCCACCGCGAAGCUUCUACAAUCCACGUUGAUAGAGAAGGUUAGGCUAUACGGAGCGGAUCCAGCGAUCAUUACAGCUUUAGCCAACACCGGAAUUGGAAUCGUUAUUGGAGCUGGGAAUGGAGAUAUUCCAACUUUGGCCUCGGAUCCUAACUCAGCUGCUCAGUGGGUUAACUCCAAUGUUUUGCCUUUCUACCCUGCUAGCAACAUCAUUCUUAUCACUGUCGGCAAUGAGGUUUUGACUACAAAUGACCCGAACCUGAUAAACCAGCUUCUGCCGGCGCUGCAAAAUGUCCAAAAUGCCCUUAACGCGGCCUCGCUCGGUGGAAAGAUCAAGGUCUCAACGGUUCAUUCAAUGGCGGUGUUGUAUCAGUCGGACCCACCAUCUUCCGGGUUGUUUAUCCCGAGUUAUCAACCGGCAUUGAACGGCUUACUUCAGUUCCAGAAAGACAAUGGAUCCCCUUUUGCUAUUAAUCCGUACCCAUUUUUCGCUUAUCAAAGUGACCCGAGACCUGAAACGCUUGCCUUCUGCUUGUUUCAACCUAACGCGGGACGAGUUGACUCGGGAAACGGGAUCAAGUACAUGAACAUGUUCGAUGCACAGGUCGAUGCAGUGCAAUCUGCCUUGAGUGCUAUGGGGUUCAAGGAUGUUGAGAUUAUGGUUGCUGAGACAGGAUGGCCAUAUAGCGGGGACAGUAAUGAAGUUGGACCUAGCAUCGAGAAUGCCAAAGCCUAUAAUGGGAAUUUGAUUGCUCAUCUGAGAUCAAUGGUUGGGACUCCAUUGAUGCCUGGAAAAUCUGUGGAUACAUACCUCUUUGCACUUUACGAUGAGGACUUGAAACCAGGUCCUGGUUCUGAACGAGCAUUUGGACUUUUCAGGUCUGACCUUUCAAUAAUAUACGAUGUUGGGAUUUCAAAGAGUGAUCAGACUCCAUCGUCUCCACAAAAUCCAGUGGCUCCACAACCAAUACCAACUGCAAAUUGUUGGUGUGUGCCAAAGGCUGGUAUUUCUGAUACUGAAUUGCAAUCAAGUCUAGACUAUGCCUGUGGCCAAGGUAUUGACUGCAGUCCAAUCCAACCAGGAGGUGCCUGUUUGGAACCAAAUACCGUAGCAUCACAUGCUGCUUAUGCCAUGAACCUUUACUACCAGACUUCUGCCAAGAAUCCAUGGAAUUGUGACUUCUCGCAGACGGCAACACUAACAUCCCAAAAUCCUAGUUACAAUAAUUGCAUCUACCCUGGUGGGAGCACCUGAAAAGACAGAUGAAUGUGAUUUGAAAUUGAACCAAGAAAAUGAAUAGUUAAAUAAAGGUGGUGGGGACAUAUUUACCUUGUGGGUCUUAUUUCAUAGUUUUAACUGUAAAGUUCUUCUCCUUUGAUCUGGAUCAGUCCAGAUUUUUUUCUUUCUUAUAUUAUUUGAUCUAAUAAAGUAAAGGGUGGAAAAAAUUGUGUUGCUAAAACUUUAGUGGUUAAAAAUGGUGUCAUCCUUAAAUGUCUGUGUAUCAGGUUUUCUUUUUAUGCAUCCAAUGAUAUAUAAAAGUGUAUUAUUUAUAGUCAAUGAUUUUGGCAUUAUCUAUGCCCAAAUUGUAGAUUCAUGUCAAGCUUCAGCUGAUUUUCUUUACUUGUGUUGUUCAGAAUUUUCACUGAUUA